UAACAUAUUGACGCGCACAAAAAGACCGCGAAAUUUAAAUUUACCAACCGUUACAAAAUUAAAACAUAAAUGCCAAUCAUUGUCAAAUUAUAGGAAUUUAUAUUAUUUUAUUGCCUUUUUGGUUAAUUUCUAUCUAAAAUUUAAAUUAUUUCAAUAACAUUACUACCAAUCAUUUUCCAGUAUGGAUGACGUGCGCGAAUUAAAUUUAAAACCAAACAAAAGCUUCUACCUAACGGAAACGCCGAAAAUAUCUACACAUUCCCAACCUGUGUCCAAGUCAGCCAUACAUGUGCCGAUGGGAUACGACUCCAUGACCGCCUCGUGUUCCUACAGGAACAACAACUUUCAGAACUCUGACGAUGAAUACUACAAAAGAUAUGAACAUGACGAAGCGCCCGUAAAGGAAUCCAGUUUACACAAUUCCAGUUCUCUGAAAGACGGGAAAGUGACUCUCACUGAUUCAGAACUGGACAAAAUAGAAAUCCAGGUGUUCAGCAACGUAUCGCAGCAGCUGCAAACCGACGAGAGCUCAGUAAGCAGUCUCGAAUCCAAUAUAAAAUUCUUUAAAACAACUGUGCAGGAGAUUUUUGAUAAUUUCUACGCAAAUAUGAGAGACUUUGAAUUGUAUAAAAAAAGGUUCCAUGAGAUAUUAGCGAAGAAUAGAGAGGAUUCGCUCGGCGACAUGGAGGAUUUUAUAAAAGAUAUGAUUCAUCACAUCAUGUCUUCGGAUGCGUCGAAUGAAAGUAAUAAGUCUGAAUCUUUAACAGAGAGCGAGGUGAAUGCUAAGACAUGGUCAGGGCACGGAGAUGGGUCUCAAGCUAUAAUACCUCGAGAAAAUACAUCAGGAGUAAAGAAUACAGAUGAUAUAUUGAGAAUUAUCUUAAUGAACGAUGGACCCUGUGUACAAAUUAAAAUGAACGACCGCAACCACCUUUCCGAAAUAAACAUAAAAUCUCCCAACCUUGAUGCUGCGAAAAAUCAAAUCGCGUCUGCGGAUAACCUAAAAAAACUGGCAGCUAAAAAACUCCUUUUAGAGAACUAUAUACAACAAGAAGUGAAUGCACCGGAUAGAGAAAUUCCUGUAAAAGUUUCGUAUGCAAAGAAAAAUAUACAUCUGGACGAAGACUUUGCUCCUAACUACAGUGGCGAUUCGAAGUCGUUUAUGGCCAGACUUUGCAAUUAUCUGUGCAAGAGAUUCCGUAGAAAUUCAUUUGGAUGACUAUUAAUUUUGUGUUAAUAAAAGUAAUGUCGUUAA